UAAAACCCCGCCCAAGACUUUCCCGGUCACUUCAUCGCUGAGCUGCAACUCAGUAUGGCUGUGACAUUCCUUUCUCUUCCACACUUCCUUUCUCCUAAAUUCAACUUCGUCGUUGUAAAUUCUCGACAUGCUCCUUUCAGACCCUUGCUUCAUUCUCUGUCUCCUCCAUUUCCAACUCUGCGAACUCCUUCGGCUAUAGGCCCAGACGGUAAGUACUAUCCCAACCCCGCCGAUGAUGACCCACCAGAAGCCCUGGAGGAUUCUAGUCAUGGGGUUUCCAAAUUCCAGCAAAUUGAGCGCCAAGCCGCCCGUGCUCGCGAGCUUCAGGAGGAAGAUUUCAAGAAGAACCAGUCCACAUUUCUCGCUGCCAUUGCCGAUGUCGAAGAUGCUCCGGACAAUACUGCUCUGGAUUCUGAAGGUUACGGGGAUGAUUUGUUCAGUGAAAUUGAUAAAGCUAUCGCGAUGAAGCGUAAAGAGUUUGUGGAGCAGGGGCUGCUCGAGCCGAAUCCCAGGAAGAAGACGAUGGUUUCUGAUGAGGUUGUUGAGGAAGUUAAUGAGCUGCAACCCGAGGAGGUCGUUGAUUUGGAGGAGAUUGACGAACUCCAGGGUCUCAGAAUGACUUCCGGUGAGUCGGAUGCAGAGGGCUCGGAUAAAUUCCGUGGCGAGGUGAGUGAAUUCGUCCAAAAAAGUCAGAGUUCAUCCUUAAAUUCUUCAUUUGAUUUAGAUUUUGACAGCUAUGGAAAAAGUAAGGCUAGAAUUGUGGAACCCAAAUUUAAAAUUACUUUGGCUGAGCUUUUGGAUGAGAGUAAGGUCGUACCUAUAUCGGUAUCCGGUAAUUUGGAAAUUGAGAUUACAGGAAUUCAGCAUGAUUCAAGGCUAGUCACUCCAGGUAAUUUGUUUGUAUGCUGUGUUGGGCAAAAAACUGAUGGAUACAUGUACUUAACUGAGGCAGACAAGAGAGGAGCAGUUGCUGUGGUGGCGAGUGAAGAGAUAGACAUAGAAGAGACCUUAGGUUGUAAGGCCCUGGUGAUUGUGGAAGAUACUAAUGCGAUUCUCCCUGCAUUGGCUGCAUCCUUUUACAAGUAUCCAUCAAGAAACAUGGCAGCAAUCGGCAUAACCGGGACAUAUGGCAAAACAACCACUGCAUAUUUGAUAAAAAGCAUGUAUGAAGCAAUGGGACUGCGAACAGGAAUGUUGAGCUCAGUUGCUCAUUUUGUGCAUGGGGAUAAUAAAUUGGAGUCGGUGAACACCAUGCCAGAUGCUGUUUUAGUUCAAAACUUGAUGGCAAAGAUGCUUCACAAUGGAACUGAAGCACUAGUCAUGGAGACUUCUUCUCAAGGACUAGCUUUAGGAAAGUUCAAUGAGGUUGAUUUUGAUAUUGCAGUUUUUACAAAUUUGGAAGGAGACAAUGCGGGUCUCCAUGGGUCUGAGGAGGCAUAUAGAGAUGCAACAGCUAAACUAUUUUCAAAAAUGGUGGACCCUGAACGUAACAGAAAAGUUGUCAACAUUGAUGAUCCAAAUGCAACUUUCUUUGUUUCGCAAGGGAAUCCAGAAGUUCCGGUUGUGACAUUUGCACUGGAGAAUAAGAAUGCAGAUGUUCAUCCCUUAAAGUUUGAGCUCUCUCUGUUUGAGACACAGGUCUUGGUUAAUACCCCCAGUGGCAUACUAGAAAUUUCAUCAGGUUUACUUGGAAGACAUAAUAUUUACAACAUUCUUGCUGCGGUGGCAGUUGGCAUUGCUGUUGGGGCACCUUUAGAGGACAUUGUCAGGGGAAUUGAAGAAGUUGAUGCAGUUCCUGGCAGAUGUGAGUUAAUUGACGAGGAACAAGCAUUUGGAGUAAUAGUGGACUGUGCUCAAACUCCUGAUGCCUUGUCUAGAUUGCUUGAUUUUGUAAGAGAGCUUGGACCUCGGAGGAUUAUAACUGUGUUUGGUUGCUGUGGCAAGAGCGAGAGAGGGAAAAGACCCAUGAUGACCAAGAUAGCAACGGAUAAAAGUGAUGUGACCAUCUUGACGUCUGACAAUCCGAAGGAUGAAGAUCCAUUGGACAUUUUAGAUGAUAUGUUGGCUGGGGUAGGAUGGACAAUGCAGGAGUACCUGAAAUACGGGGAAAAUGACUACUACCCACCUCUUCCAAAUGGUCAUAGGCUUUUUCUGCAUGACAUUAGACGGGUGGCUGUACGGGCUGCAGUUGCAAUGGGAGAGGAGGGUGAUGUGGUUGUUGUUGCUGGAAAGGGCCAAGAAACGUACCAAAUAGAAGGUGACAAGACAGAAUUCUUUGAUGAUCGAGAAGAGUGCCGGGAGGCAUUGCAGUAUGUUGACGAGCUUCAUCAAGCAGGAAUUGAUACAAGUGAAUUCCCUUGGAGGCUACCGGAGAGCCACUGAUACUGCAGUGAUAGUCAUGAUAUGACCAUCGCAUUCUCUUCAUCUCAGAUUGGAAACUGAGAAAUUUGAGGGAAAGGGCUUGGGCCAUCGAGGACCUACAGGCGGGUAAAAGAGACCGAAAUUUAGGAGUUGGGCGGAUUGUUGCUCAAUCUGACCUUUCUUCUUCAUGUGCUUUGUCGAUAGCUGCGGCUCUGUAUUUUCUUUAAGAAACAGUUGAUACGCAAAAUAGAAUUAAAAUGGAAAUAACUUUGUAGAUGAAAAAUAUCAUUCAUAUUUAUGAGAAAAAAAAAUCAAAUUAUUUUGAAAUAA